AUGUCUACCUCACUACAAGGUCGAAUGUUAAAGGAAUUCCACACUGGACAUCCAGGAAUUUCUAGGAUGAAGUUGCUUUUGAGGAGUUAUGUUUACUGCCUAAAAAUGGAUCUUGAUAUUGAGAAGUUGGUAAAAUCCUGCAGAGGUUGUGCUCUGGCAGCGAAAUCACCACUUAUAAAAUUUCAGUCUUGGCUCAAGACUGAUAUUCCAUGGUUCAGACUACAAAUAAACUUCACAGGACCAUUAAACCGACCAUAUUAUCUAAUAGCGGAAGAUAGAUUUUCAAAAUGGCCAGAAAUGUGUAAAUGUAGAAAACUGACACCCACGGUGACAGUGGAAUUUCUACAAGAACUUUUUGCUAGGUAUGGUGUUCUGGAUACCAUAGUCUCUGAUAAUGGUACACAAUUCACGGUGAACAAAUUUAAGAAUUUUUGA